AUGGAAGGGGCUAAGUCCCCAUCUCCAGGAGACCAGCUGGAGCUCUCGGUGCUCGAAGAGCAACCAGACGAGCAGACGCCUUUAAAUGGAGUCAUCCAGAUCAUCCCUUCUUCGGCGGAGGAGCCCAGCCUAGCCCAGGCUACCAAGCAAAACCCCUGGAGCUCCUGUAAUAAGAAUUUGGUGGGAAAGUGUAAACUGUGGAUGGUCAUUGCCUCCAUUUUCGUUGGUCUCAUUAUAGUCGUCAUCAUAAGCUUGUGUCUUCUUGGAGUUGUGAUGGUAGAGAGGGCUUCUCUGAGCUGGGGUACUCCCGAUGGUGACUCAGCCUCAGUGGGGAUUUGGGUUGAGCUGGCUCUCAGUAGCACACCCAAUCACAGGAUGAGACUCACGGAUGUGUACAGUUCAUCGCCAUCUCUGAGCCGCUAUUUUACUUCCAUUGAAAUAGCAGAUUUCAGUGGUGACAAUGCUACAGUAACUUACCACCUGCAAUUUGGGGUUCCAUCAGAAGAUGAUGGUUUUAUGAAGUACAUGAUGAAUGAAGAGUUGGUGCUGGGCAUUUUGCUACAGGACAUCCAUGAUCAGAACAUAUCUAGUUGUGAAACUCUGGGGCUUGAUCCAACAUCCUUCUCAUUCUUUGCUUUUUCCAAAGGUGGCAGGGGAAUUGAGAGGAGAGUGAGAAAAGAUUUGAGAGAAUUAUGUUCUCGAGAAGACACUCUAGGUCAUGCAAAUGGCUAA